AUGGCAACUUCGAUGCAUUUUCAGACAAUUUCGGCCACGAGCCAGCGUGUACGACACAAUUUUCUCUCCUUGAUAUCACUCGUAGAGGAGCAAAAAAAAAAAUACGGAUCUUUCGAUUUACAAUCAUCGGUAAUUUCUGACUAUUUAGACAGAUUCUCUCUAUGGGCUGGAAAUAUGGGCGCAAUGCAUAGUCCACAUUCUCCAUCAUCACUCGAUCAACAACUUCUUGAGGCCGCCGACAUCUUGGAACAAAUGAAGCGACAGCUAGGUGACAUAAUAGAGGCUAUCGGUGAUUUAACCAAAAUAAUUCUACAUGGUCAUCCGAAGAGCGAUACUCUACUUGAUCUAGAUAUCUGCUCUGAUCUGGCCUCAAUUCUUGGACUCGAUCCGAUCGACGAGAGUGACGAGUUUUCUUCGGAUGAAAUUACUGUGGCUCUGCAGAUAAUUUCUGAAUCUAUCAACUCCCUCUUCCGGUUAGAUAUGCUGGUCAGAAAGUCAGCAUCUUGCAAGCGUUUCAAAAAAGCAAUUCGAAUCUCCGACCCAGCUUUCCCAGAUGCCAUUGAUAUUGAUUAUGUUAAGCAAAAGCAUGUCAAGCUUCUUAAUAGCAGGCUUCUAUCAAGAUUAGGCAACGCCAUUGCUAAAAGAAGGCAACUCCUUAAAUAUUAUGGGGAUCGCAGAUCUCGGUCUGCAGUCGACGAAUUUGAUCAUAGCACUACAACUAUAAAACAACUAUCACAUGAAGCUAUUACAUCUGCUCCCUCUCUAAAUUUUCCAUCAGGAGAUAUACUCGAGGAUGAUUAUGACAUAUCUUCGUCAAAUGCCUCAAUAAUGGCAGAUUCUACGUCUAAUCCCGCCCUCCCUCAUCUAGCUGCUAUAGCUAGGACUCAAGAGGCUUUUGAAUGCCCAAUAUGUUUUACUCUACAAUCUUUCAAUGGGGAAAAAUCGUGGCAAAUUCAUGCAUUUGGUGAUCUCAAGGCUUAUGUAUGUACGUUAAGUGGAGAAGAGUGCGAUGCGGAACUUUUUGAGGAUCGUGAUAUGUGGUUUGAGCAUGAGUUGCGGAAACACAGAUGUGAAUACAUAUGCACUCUUUGCAGCCAUGGACCCUUUUCGUUCGAACGCAUAGCGGCACACAUUCAGAACAUUCAUGGGCGUUUCUCGGAUCGCCAGUUGCAAAUGCUUCGAGAAGGAGGGAGACAGAACUCCAUUCAGUUCAAAUCUGAGGACUGCCCAUUCUGUGAUGAAUGGACAGAAGCACUUUCAUCAAAAACAAGUCCGAUUGGUAAAGAAGUUGAUCUGACGCAAGAUAUCUCCGUCACUCAAACUCAAUUCAAGAAGCACGUCGCCAUACAUCAAGAACAGCAUGCAAUUCUCGCUCUCCAAAGAGCCACUGGUAAUAUAGAGAUGUCAGGUUCGAAAGUUGACAAUACAUCAACUUCAGUAGCAAUACCCAAGUCACCACUUAAGACGAAAGAAGAUCCGGUUGACAAAAUUAUUGAUGAAGUAGAUGGUAUCUCACUAUCUCAUACUAAUAUCUCUACUAUGGAUGCACUUAACAAUGCCAUCAGUGCUGCAACAAAUGUCGAUGAGAUAGGUAUCGCGGAGCAACUAAUCCCAGGUUUAGUAUCGAAAUAUGACGAAGGACCUCAAAAAACUGCGAAAAAUGUUGAAUAUCGACCACUCGAUCGAUCUCAAAGGACAAAUUCGUAUAGAGGCGGUAGCAAAAUGAAAACUUGGAAAUGUUGCAAGUGCGGCUUGGGCGGCUUGAGAAAGGAUACGACUCCUCAAUGCUCAGAACAUGACUGUCAGCACCCACGCUGCAGCAAUUGUUCCUUGUAUGAAGAUAGCAUGGGACCUAGUCGCCCCUUCAAAUAG